AUGGCAAGUCGAGACACAAUUACCAUAGAGCGGUCCAGCCUCCAGCGGCUGGCUUACAUGGUGCCUUUGUGUAGUCUGUUCCUCUACUUCAGCAAGCAGAUGCUGUUUGCUCCCAGUGUCCUAUGGUUGCCUGGUGUAACAGUUACUGAGGAUCUUGUUAUCACAUUCACAGACAAGAAUGGACAGCCAUUUCUUGUAGGUCGCAGUGAUUUCAGUAAAGAAGACUGGGUUGUGCCCGAGUACUGCCCCAACCAACAGAAUGAUGCCAGAAGUGGAUGCCUGGAGGACCCACAUAACCAGCUGAUCAAAAUUGUCAUAGAUGACAGCGGCGUGGAAGGGGUCACCUGUCAUCGGGUCACAAGAUCAGGACUUCGCUGUGUGAAUCAAGUUGUGAAGGAUUGCUACAACCUGGGAGACAGUCACUGGUACGGUGGCUUUGAAGCAGUCAGUCAAACUUGGCCAUUGAAGAAGGCCGUCCAAAUUGAAGAUGGUAUAAUCUUGCUUUCCGAGGAGCAGGAACUGGUCUUAGAUGGGGUGGACAUAGUCUUUGGGCCUUAUGUGUCGGGAGAUUUUGGAGUUCAUAAAGUAGAGCUGGGAAAUGUUUUAGAAAGAUUGUUUUUCUCUUCCUCUGGAGUUGGUAUUAUGGUAUCCCAGGAUUCCCCGCUGUAUCUCAGCUUCAAUCAACACCGGGAUGGGCAGAUCUGCCUCGCAGGGGCAUACGAUGGGGCACAUUAUUCCAGCUAUUUUGGGAAGCCACCUGUACUUGAAUACACAGUCUGCAAAGCUGAAAAUGUAUAUGAGAUCUAUGAUUACAUGAAGACACGAUUCCUUCCCAAACCAGAAGGGACACCAAAUCAUGACCUUUUCCGAUACCCCAUCUGGUCCACAUGGGCCCAGUACAACAGAAACAUCAGUCAAGCUGCAGUCUUGGAGUUUGCAGAUACAAUCCUUGCUCACAAACUGCCGGCCAGCCAGCUGGAAAUUGAUGAUGCCUGGACAGCUCGUUACGGAGAUCUAGACUUUGACCCUAUCAAGUUCCCAGAUCCCAAGAAAAUGAUGGAAGAUCUCAGUAACAAAGGUUUCCCUGUCAGUUUGUGGACCCAUCCAUUCAUUAAUCUCAAGGCAGAUGCUUUUACUGAAGGUUUUCACAACAAAUAUUUUGUCAUGUUGAGGGGAUCCGAGAUCCCAGCUCUAACCAGAUGGUGGAAUGAUGAGAUGGCAGCCUUGCUGGAUGUUACCAAUCCUGCGGCUGUGAUCUGGUACCAGAAUAAACUCCACAGACUUCGUGAAGUUUACAAUGUCACCUCAUUCAAGUUUGAUGCCGGGGAGGCUCACUUCGUCCCGCACUCACAUCACACCUUCCAACAUAUGCCCACCGCGAACAUGUAUGCCUCCCUGUGGGCAGAACUGGCUUACAACUCAGACCCAAUCUCCCGUAGGCAGGAGGUUCGAGUUGGCUGGAACAGUCAAAGGUUACCCAUGUUUGUGCGGAUCAUGGACCGGAUGUCCAACUGGGACAGACAGGCAGGGUUGCCUUCGGUGAUUCCUGCGGUUCUAACUUUGGGAAUCAUUGGUUACCCGUUUGUGUUGGCUGAUAUGAUUGGAGGAAAUGCUUACGCUGACAUGGUUACGUUUAAGGGCGGAGCUUACCCUGACAGAGAACUGUACAUUCGCUGGCUAGAACUCAACACAUUUCUGCCCACACUCCAGUUUUCUGUCGCACCAUGGAUCUACGAUAAGGAAGUUGUAGCCAUAACAAAAAAGUUUCUGAACAUACGAGAGCAGUAUGUUUCCAUAAUUUUGGAACUGGCAGAGGAGAGUGUGAAAACCGGCAGUCCAAUAAUUCGACCAUUGUGGUGGAUUGCCCCACUUGAUCAGCAGGCAUUGGUGAUAGAAGAUCAGUAUCUCCUAGGCGACUGCAUACUUGUGGCGCCUGUAACUGUCCGAGGUGCGUGGAAAAGAGACAUCUAUAUUCCAGCAGGAACUUGGGAUGAUAAGUUGCGGGGCGGCCAUUUUCAGGGGCCAGUAACUCUGAAAGAUUAUACUGUUGCAUUAGAGGAAUUAGCAUUUUUUGAGAAGGUUUAA